AUGACCUUGCUGCUUGAUUCCUCAUCAUCCUCGUUGCAAGCAGCAGGUGAACAAAAAUCAGAGUUUGUGCAUUUGAUCUCUGCUUCCUCUUGCUCCUCAACAGCAGCCUCUUCUUCAAAGAAAUCUUCCUCCGAUAUGUUGGCCACCGUGCAACAACAAUGUGUCAAUCCAAAUAAUGAAUGUGUAGUGGCCGCCAAUGAACCAGCACAGACUUUCAAAGCACGUCCAUUGUCAAUGUAUGCGUGUAAAGAGGGCCUAUCCAAGUUGUGGAAAAAAGAGGCUUCUUCGAACACAGCUGCACCAACACCUGCAACAAGUGACGUUUCAGAAACCAGUGAUAACAAGAAAGCAAAACAAAAUAAUAGACAUUCAUACUCACCAGCAAGUGGCUCGUUGAGAGGAAAACAUCCUGCCACGAGAGAUGUAAAUACAACUCAGAAGAAUGAGGAUAAAACAACCCAAACUAAGAAGAAAAGCUUCUUUGAGAAGAGAAGAGAAAAGAAAAUGUUCAAAAUCGAAGCCAAACCUGUGUACAAAUGGAAUUACAAAACUUUGGCCAAAUGGCUGAAAUACAAAGGUUACGACAAGAAAGACAUUAAUAUUCUCAAGAAAGACCAUCUGAAUGGAUAUGUUAUGCUCACGAUCGAGGUUCAAGAUUUAAUUUCUUUAGGUGUAGGGAUUGAAACAGCCUUCUACUCCCGUCAAAUCUACUUCAGCUUUUUCAUUUGA